AGCAGAAGUGCGCGAGACGUGAGAGUACGAGUGUGGAAAAAAAUGUCUUGAAAAAUAACUUUUUGCUUGCGCCAAUUAGGAAAUGUGUAAUGUUUUUUAAAAUUGCUGUUCAAGAAUGCCGAUUCAGGCGCCGCAAUGGACAGAGUUUCUCAGCUGUCCGGUUUGCUGCAACGAAUUUGCGGCGAAUCUACGUCCACCAAUCAGCCUAGGAUGUGGCCACACCAUAUGCCGUACUUGCUUAGCGACGCUGCACAGGAAGCAGUGCCCCUUCGAUCAGACUAUUAUAACAACAGAAUUAGAUAAUCUACCGGUAAACAAUGCCUUACUGCAGCUGGUCAGCACAAGUAACACCGCCGGUAAUAGCCCCGGGAGCGUCGGCACCAGCUCUGGCAGCUCAUCCGCCGGAUCAUCGACCGUUGGUGGUGGUGCGUCUGCUAGCAGCACGAUCGAUCCAGAUUUAAGCUCGCCCAGCGUACAGAAUCUGAAUCCAGAUGAUCUGCAGUGUUACAAAACUGCUAGGGGCUGCAUCGAAGAGCUGGCGCUGUAUCUAAAACCAUACCCUAAUGGUAAUGCCGGUGGACUCCUGUCACGUCCGAUGCAGCGCAAACUGGUUACGCUUGUGAACUGUCAGCUGAUUGAAGAUGAAGGUCGUGCGCGAUCCUUGCGUGCCGCUCGCUCCCUAGGCGAACGAACUGUCACCGAGCUAAUACUUCAACACCAAAAUCCACAACAGCUGAGCACCAACCUGUGGGCUGCUGUGCGGGCUCGUGGCUGUCAGUUUUUAGGUCCAGCGAUGCAAGAAGAAGUUUUAAAGCUGGUGUUGUUAGCGCUAGAAGAUGGGUCGGCAUUGUCGCGAAAGGUUUUGGUGAUGUUUGUAGUGCAGCGUUUAGAACCUCAUUUCUCACAAGCAUCUAAAACUAGCAUUGGCCAUGUGGUCCAGUUGUUAUAUCGUGCAAGUUGCUUCAAGGUAUCCAAACGAGAAGGAGAUUCAUCGUUGAUGCAACUGAAGGAGGAAUUUCGUACUUACGAAGCGCUUAGACGAGAGCACGAUGCCCAAAUAGUACAAAUUGCUACUGAAGCCGGUCUCCGGAUAGCUCCGGAUCAGUGGUCUUCACUACUCUAUGGCGACACGGCCCACAAGUCACACAUGCAAAGUAUCAUCGAUAAAUUGCAAACACCGCAAUCGUUUGUGCAAUCUGUACAGGAGCUUAUUAUAGCUCUCCAGCGAACGGGGGAUCCGGCCAAUUUAUCCGGAUUGCGCGUUCACCUAAAACAUCUAGCCGGCAUCGAUUCAAAUGCCGAAAAUCAUGUGCCAACGUGGCGCGAGUGUUCGGUGGCACUAGAAGCGGUAAAACGGGUCGUUAUAGGCCUGGUAGAUUUUGUACAGCAUCAUGGCAACCGAAAGUUACAAGAACCAGGGCACUUGGCUCACAAUAGUAAAUAUAAGGUAAGUUUGUGUCGCGACUUGAAUUUCCGGGGUACUUGUCCACGAGGACCAAAUUGUACAUUUGCUCAUUCGGAUGAAGAACUGGAGAAGUAUCGCACGAAGCUGCGAAAGAGUAACGUUAGAACUACCCCGAAUGGAAAAGAUCACGGCGAGUAUAUUGGCGAUUUAGGAAUGCCGUCCGGUUCCCUAGGAUACCACUCAUCUGGAGAAGAAGCUUCGCCAAUGCGAUAUCCAAAGCCCACCCCGCCAAUGAGAUACCUUGACAAAUCACCAAUGAGUAGCCACAGUCAUGCUAGCGGUAGCAGCAAUAGUAACAGCAGUCACAAUAGUCAUCUAGCGCCGAUUCCACCACAUCAGCAUCCAUCCUACGCGAACGUACCACCGCCACCAACACCCCUUCAGCAUGGUGGAAGUGGUACGAACUCGCGAAAUUUCAAUUUCAAUCCAAAUUACCCCACUGGAACAGGAGGUGGUAAUUUGCCGUUCGGGACACGUCCGCCGCCACCGCCAUUACCGCCACCAGCAGUUCACUCAACUGGCGGGCUACGAAAUAACUUCAUUCGACCACCGAGUGGAAAUUUUAUUGGUCACCCUCCACCACCUCCUCCGCCAAUGCAGCACGCUGGACCCAGCAAUGGACCACCUCCACUCAAUGUACUACAUGGAAUAAACCAUCCUCCAUAUCCCAAUCCCGGCCAACCUCCAUUGCAUGAACAAGUUCAUCCACCACUGAUGAAUGCUCCUCCACCGGCUCCAUACGUAACCUCCAGUCAAGGGUUUCCUGAUUAUGCUGAAAAGAAUGACCAACGUCGACAGUUUAAUCCAUGGGAAAAUCAACCACCACCACCACAAUCUUCUGUUCCUAAUCCGAUGAAUCCAGCUGCAGUAAACACUGGUCCACAGCCGCAACAACAACAACAACAACAGCAACAGCACCAAAUAGUUCCUCCAAUCAACAUGAUGAGCCAACAGCAUACGCCUAAAUCUGCAAUUAAUCCAUCGUUUUCCAAUUCGUCUAUGCAAGGAGGACAUAAAAGUCAUCACAAUAUGUCACCCUUAGCGGCACAUUCGCAGCAUUCAAUGCCGGCCAUACCACCCUCUCAUCAUCACCACCAACCGCACCAUGCUGUACCUUCAACUGGUGGCAAGUACUAUCAAGGGAAUGCGCAAAUAUACCAUAAACUGCGUGACUACCGGGAUAAACACAACAAUAGUCGUAUGCAUGUGCCGCAUUCCCUCUCACAACCACCUACACAAGGUAACAACACAAUGAUGCAGCAACAACCAACGCAUAAUGCAUUUGGAAACGGAGGAAGCAACAGAAGCAACAUGCACACACCGCAUCCACAAGUUGCAGCGACAUCAAGCAUGAACAGCAACAGUAACAUAUCGUCUGUAGCGGGAAACAAUGGUGCAUUGAAUGGUUAUCAUGGUAACACUCCUUUACAGUUCAGCCGUAGUGAAACACUAGAGCUUUUCAAAAUGCUGAACAAUUCGGCUGACUUAUCGCAUUAUGUUGGAGCUGCAACGAAAGAAAUAUUCGUUCGUUCCGAUUCACUGCUAGCUGAUGAGGAUAUGACAAUUCCUGAGAAUGAAUUUGCUAACUCCGUAAAUAACAAAUAUGGACCUAUCUCGCGAAUGACCAAUCAGCAGCAGCAUGGUAAGCCACGUGCCGACAUCUCUUUUGCCGGUAGUAUAGAUAAUGAGUGGUUGGGCCUACAGCAGCAAUUUUAUAACGAAGUUACCGGUAUAGGGGAGCAAUCCUCUUCCAAUUGUUCAUCCAAUUCAUCAUCGUUCUAUCAGCAUGCACAACAGCAGCAGCAACAGCAACAUCAGCAACAACAUACCCCAGUAUCCCAACAAGCGGCUGGUAUCAAAAUUGAACCAAACAAUAAUUCUCUGGAGCUGGAUUUAUUCCAAGUUGACCGCAAGCUGGAUUACAGUGGUGACCCAUUAAGUAGUGGUGGCAAUCAGGCAAAUACAACUACAUCACAGUUGUUUCAUCAUAAUCAAGUAGAAGCUCAACUGUUGCAACAUCAUCAACAACAGCACCAACAGCAGCAUCUUCACGCUACCUCAACUACUCCACAUAUGGUAGGUUCAGCUGCGCAGCUACCGGGAAAUCAUUCAUCGGCAAUUUCUAUGGCUUCGGUAGCAGCUGCAUUUGGCAUUCCGACGCAUCAUCAGCAGCAACAACAACAGCAAGCUGCAGUGCAUUCGCACCAUUCAUCACCGCAGCCGCAUCACCAACAGCAGCUCCAGCAGCAGCAGCAACAUCUUUCGGUAAUGCAGCAACAGCAACUACAACAGCAGCAGCAGCAGCAGCACCAUCAUCCUUUGCAUGGGCACAAAAUGCCGCCACAUAUUGCAGACACGGUUUCCCUAAACGAGCUAAUCGGUGGUGGUGGGGGUGUGGACCUGAAAAUGCAAAAUUUCAGGGAGCUGAAAGAUUUAAAGGCUCAGCAUGCUAUGGCCGGUUUGUCACCCGUAUCGGGAGUGCUAGCAGGACCGACAUCAUCUGCAACAGCCGAUGCCGCAGUAUCCCCGCUUUGGAACAAUCUACUGGAUCUGUCCGGGUUGAAACCUUCGACCGAAGGCAACGAUCUGGUUGUAGUUGGGGGACAUAACAUGGGCAGCAACAGUAACAACAGCCGCGGUAACAAUACGAUCCAGAACAGCAGUACAUCAAACAGUAGCAUCGGUAACAAUAAUAGUAGUAGCAGCAACAAUGAAGAUUCCUACGAAGCAGGAAUCGCGGACGACAUGCGUGAACUGGCUCUCCGUCUUGAGUCUGAGUUAGAGUUGGACGAGACGGGAGUGUGAGUCAAAUGCGCGUGCUUAUACACUCAUAAUUGUAAAAAAGAAGUAAAGAAUUGUACACAAGAAUACACUAACACACACACUUACACGUACACACAAACGCGCGCGCGCGUACUUUGACUGAAUGUGAUCAAUAUCUCCUAUGUAAAUUGUAGGCGUAGCUAGAGCGUAAGCUGGGAGAUAAAGCUUACACACUCCUGGAUAGGUAAAAUCUGACGAAAUAAUCAGCAGUGUUAUAUUUCAUUAAAUGAAAUGAAUGAACGAUACCAAUUUUAAAAAAAUUAUUCAAGUGGAAACGUUCCGAAUUAUCCGGAUGACCGGAAGAUUGCGCGUAACGUUAACGUAAUUAAUCGUAAAUCAGUUCGUAUGAAAAGUAAAAAAAACCCGGCUGCGAAUGAAAACGAAGGUACUGAGACGAGAAAAACUGGAUGAGAUAACACGAAGGAAGCGCUUAGAUACGGAAGCGAUGUGCUUUUUUAGAUAAUUUUCUGAUUUGCAGAAAAAAUAUGUGUUUUAGAAGAUAUUUUUCGGAUCGAAACAAAACUGCUAUUUAGACAACAACAUCAUCAACAAUAACAACAACCACAAACAUGAAAGCAUGGUUCGUGUCAAAGAACAAUGGACACUUCAGCGUAUGUGUAACUAAUUUAGCGCGGUUUAGCUAGUAUAUACACCAUAGAAUGUACGCUGUCGUUAAAGAGAUAGGUCAAAGUAUAUUGAAGAUAUAUUGAAUUCUAGUGAAAGAAAAAACAAACAAACAAUAUGAAAAAGAAAAGGAGCAAAGCAACUGACAGCGUGAUAGAGAACCGGAAAAGGUGAUUCAUUAUAAUAUUAUUGAUGGUUAUGUUGCAAAUUAAAAUCUAUUUAUUAACGUUUAUAUUGCAAAUAUUAUCACUAUACGCUAUUCGUUCGUUGUAAUUAUUAUUAUCAUUCUUACUGCUAUUCAUAUUCACAAACAAUAUUCUAAAUCGAAAUUUUUUGCUAUAGGACACACUUUGGGGUUAUCGUACGAUGAUAAAUCGAGGAGUUACUUAGAGAGCGCGUUUUAUAUUAUAUAUUCGGUGUUUUAGCUCAUUUCUCGUUUUUUCUGAAAGUAACGGAAAUAUAAUUCAGAAUUAUAUUUCGUUCAAUAAUCAAAUAUUUACAUAUUAGCAAAUUAUAUUAACCUGUUUUAAUCAAACACUUUUCAAACGGAAUAAUUACAAUUGUUGCUUUCGUUUCGCGAUACUUUUACUCGAUAUUUUAUGUGUAAUUCUUUUAUAUGAUACUAUUUUUACAUAUUACCGUAACGGUUUGUGUGAAAGCAAGAGUAAAACUAUGUUUUAUAAAAAAAUAUUAAUUAUGGAAAAGAAUAUAUAUUUUAGCGCGUAUAGUUUGCAGCAACAAAAUUACUUACCGUCACUGUUUAUCAUAGUCAAUGUUACUGUAAAUGAAAAUAUAGUUAGUUGUACAUUCUGUUUUAGAGCAAACUCAGUGAAAAUUUGUUUUCCAUUUAUAUUCACAAUAGAAAACGCAAGAAGAAUGGAUGGCUUUACUGAACAAAUUUGGCUGGUUGAUUUUGUGCCAACCGGCGCUUACGCCUAGGUCGAGUAAAACAAUCAGCCGGAAAACUCAAACGUCCAUUGUGCAGUAAAAGUUUUCAACCGAAUGAGUACUGGUUGCUGUAUAGUUAAAAUAGAUUAUUUCAAUUGUUUUCUGGUGUUUGAUGCUAAACAGUUUGGUGAAAUGUAUAGAUAACAAUCGAAGGUUAACAAGUGUAGGGAUAUCUAAGUAAAAAGGCAAAAACAUUGAGAUUGAAACGUUUCUUGUUAUAGAAGAGAUUGUAUAUUGAAAAUGAUUAAAACAAAUACCCACAACCGUUGCGUUUGCCGCCAACUUGGUUUUGAACCCGAUUGCAGAAGUGUAGUGAAACAAACAAUAAUUUUUUAUUACUGAUAGGAAAAAGGCAAGAUUAUAUACUAGAAAAGAAAUCGUACUAUACAGUGGAAUACGCAUAUUUGUUUCGUUUAUUAACAAUACUGAGCCAAGCAAAGGCAAUAAAAUUUACUGGAGUAGGUGAAAGUUAUCAAGCUACUGGAAUGUGAAUGAGUAUUCUUUGCAGACAAACAAACCACACACAUCUGUAGACAAAUACUGCAAGAAUCUGUUAAAAUGCGAACAAAAAUGAUCGAACUACGUAGUGGUACGUGCGGACUGCAUAAUAGUUACAUUAGAAAUGCUCGUCGAAUUCUAUUGCACGUGUGUUUUAUGUCUAAUGGAAAUAGUGUGCAGUAGUUGCUGCGAAUUGGUAUCGGUAGAUAUCGCGAGCGAGCGAAAAAAAAACAAGCUGCAUAAUACAGAAAAGCUAUCGCAAAAUGACAAACUAUUUUGGCUGUUGAAUCACGGUGCUUGCCGUUUGCGGCGUGGCUGCGGGGAUUUGGGGCAUGUUUUUGUGUUGCAAUUGAGAAUGGAAAGUAACAAAAAGGAACUUGAAUUAUUAGUAUUUGGUACCCAGUUGUGCCAGUAACGCGGAUUCAGUAACAUUAUUUAAUUAGCAUAUGUUGUUUAAAGAUAUUUAUCUAAAUUUUCUUAUAUUUACUUCUACUAACCAUUGUUCAGUUGUUUGGCAAAAACCACAUUUUGGAUGAGUUUUUAUAAAACUUUCGGUCCUUUAUGAUACAUAGGCUAAUACGAUUUGAUUCUCAAAUAAUUCCUUAUUAGAAGACAGCGUUCAUUCGAACUGUUUGAAUACGAGUGAUUUUUUUAUUAUUAUUAUUUUAGUGCGUGCAAUUCUCGCUGAAGUGUAAAAUUAUAACUUUUAGAAUAUUCUAUGACUUGUGUUCAAUAAACAUGACUGACUUGAAACAUUCUUAUAUUAAGAAUGUGUUUAAAUGUGCUGAAGGCUUACCUCCAAUUGCAAUUACAUAAACACAUUCACAAGUACUCCUUCCACCGAAACGGAUAAAGUGACCGUGGUGCAGUUUUACUUAAACCCAAUGGGUUCAUUAUGAGUGUAUGUAUUACAUUCAUUAUUAUUUAUGUUUAUUAUAAAAUAAUGGAGUAUAUCAACGUCAAGAUUACACUGAAAGCGGGACGUAAAAUCCACUGCUAUCCAAUUGCCUUCGAGACGAGUUAAUAUUGGAAUGCAGGCAAACUGAGGAAACGGAGCGCAUUGCUCACGACGUAAAAUAAGAAACAAUAAUGGAUAUAAAAAAGCUAUUACUAAAAACAUGAACCGAGUUCGAUUCCAAUCAAUACCCUACCGCAAAUGGUGAAAUAACCUUCAAUGUACUAAUGAUGGAGAAUCUGUAUGAGAAGCAUUUCAUUGAAAUGGAAUAUCUUACAUAUUAUUAAAAUCUUUGAACAUAACGUAAAGGUAUCUACUAAAAAUGGAAACAUUACUACUGGAUGCUAUAACAUAACUAAAACAUUUCGAUCUUUAAAUUUAAAGUAAAAAAUAAAAAUAAUGCUAAAUUCAACAAUUUAAAAUGUUAAAACAUCAUUUAAAUAAAAAAAAACAAGAGCGAUAAUGGUUAAGGUUAUACAUUUAACGCCUAUGUGUGAGCAUUUUUGAUCAUCAUUGAAGUCAAGAACAAACAAAAGAAAUAUAUGAAACUAUAUACAUUUGAAUAUAUACUAGGAUUACAAAAAAACAGUUAACAUUUGAUAUAAAGCAUGAUAAGGGCAAACAAAAAUGCAUAGCAGAUUGUAAAAAAAGAAGAACAAAUCAGACAAACAUAAGAGUAUCCUUUUUAAAUGAACCAACAAACAAAACAAAAUAACAAACUCAAACUUACAUCUUUUCAAAAUCAACAAAAAAAACAAAUGCAGCCAAAAACUAACUAGCGAUUGAACCUGGGGUGGUGAAAGGGAUUUCAUGCAAAUGCAGCACCCCGCCCGCGUACACCUUCACACUUUACACAUACACACGGGGUUCGGCACAACUUAGUUCGAAAAAAAUGCGCCUCUUUAUGCGUUAUGGGAACAAUAGCGCGCUUUCGUUUGUAUUUUUUUUCUUGCUUUAAAUUGCAAAACAAAUUUUAGUUUAGAUAAACACUGAAUUUACAGUUGAAUAUUGUACGUAAAAUAAAUCAAAAUUGAACUAGACAAAAUUGAUUGGCGACUGAGAAGUUUACCAAUUUCUUUCUACAAUUGGCUUUCCGCCUUACGACAUAGUCGGAUGAACAUUUGUUGACUGCCGCUCUUCAAUUCCUUGGGCGCCGCCUAAUCUCGCUCCAUUUGGUCUGAUUAUCUUUCUCGCUGGUUGUGCUUCUAAUUAUCCUACCGGAUUAGAAGCAAACACCAUCUUCCUCGGGUAAAUGUUCGGGAAAUGUUGUAAGAAUAACAUGCCCUACCCACGGUAUUUGUCCAGCUACCUGCUGGAUUCGCCGUGGAGUUGCUCAAGAUCAUGGUUAAUUUUUCACUUCCAUACUCUGUUCUGCGGCGGCGUACAGCCGAAGGACGUUCUCUUGGUCAUUGGUUAACUCCUACAUCUCCUGCUACGUGCUAAUGGCAAAUCCCGCUAAUCUACGGUUGAUUCCGAUGAUAUCGACGUCAUCCGCAGUACCGUUCCUUUCCGCAAUUUGCUCUUCGUAUUGCACCUUUCAAGACAAUGUUGAAUAGAGUUAGAGUGCAUCCCUUCGCUUCAGUCCAUCCAUCGCGACGUCACGAAAGCGACCCGAUAUUCUGACGCAUGAUUUUAACCAAUACACGUCGUACGAAUCAGCUUAAUUAGUUUUGUCGGAAAAUUAGUGCUCGAGCAUUAUUUGCCACAGCUCAUUUCGUUUGACUGCAUCAUACGCCGCCUUAAAGUCGACAAACAGAUAAUGAGUUUGCAAAUUGUACUCCCGAAAUUUUUCCAUAGCGCAACAAUUCGGUCCAUUAUUGAUCGUCUUUCAACAAAGAUGCCGACUUGACAACUUCCUACAAAUCUGUUCGCAAUUAGUGAGAUUCGGCAAAUAAUUUGGAAAAGCACGGUACAUUGAGAACGGUGAUCGCAUGAUAGUUCCCACAGUCCAGCUUGUUACCUUUGCAGAUCGGACAGAUAGGGCCCUAUUACGUACGUCAUGUCGAACAACUCGACUGGACUCAAUCACUGUCGAGUGUCGAGGGCAAGAAGAACGGAAGCAUAGCGGCUCAAAACAACGCAAGUUUAGGUGCAAUUUGCUGACGGUUGAGUUCUCUCACUUUUUAACGGUCGACUCAGUUGAAUUACUUAACAAAAUCGGGUCGCGUAUAACUUUAUAAAUAUACCGAAAUUCGGCCAGCUUUCCAUUUGCUGUUAUGUACCUCAAAUUUUUACAACCAGGUGGUGCAGGCAAGUGGCCAGCUUUUCCGGGCUCUUCCUAAUAAGCGCCGCUCGGACGCCAUCCUUCCCAAUAGAUUUAUCAUCCUUCAGCUGCUGGAUAGCGUCCUUAACUUCAUCUAUGGUUGAAGCUAGCCGCAACGUUCAAUCGGUCGCCUUGGUGCUCUGUAUGGGAGCCAUUCAGGUACUUGUCAAAGUACAACAUCCAUCUUUCGGUCACGGUGACGAUCGUCCGUCAGGAUACCUCCAUUCUUAUCACGACACAUUUCGGUUCGCGGCACAAAGCCUUCAUGAGAUAUAGGGUGUCCCACAUCAAAUUGCAUCACGGAAAAAACGAUGCACGAUUCCGAGUUGUUUCCCAAUGUCCCGAUGAGAGUUGAGGAUUUUCCAAGUCCUUGCGCAAAAUCAAUUCGCAACGUUGCUCUUCGGGUGACGCCAUUUUUCCAAUUUUCGAAAAACUGACAGCGACAAAAAUACGAUGUAAAUAAUACACUCUAAACUACUUCUACACAAAUUUUCAAGAGAAAAUACCUAAUUGGUGAUGCCCGAGUUUUAAAAUUGCUCAAAAAUUGUCGAGUUUCAAUGAAAAAGAGGUCUCAAUAUGCUUACUGGUUCCGUGAUAAGACAUUCGCCUCUAUUCUACAUAACGAUCGGGCCCGCAUCCGCUCGGAAAAUUCUGUUUCCCUGCCACAGUCUAACGAGAUCUGGCUCGCAUCGCCGGUCAGGGUGACUACUUAUAAACCAAGUUAUCUCUGAUAGAUACGAAGAUUGUAUUCGGGUGCGUCGACAUGCAGAUAGCUCAUGAUGCCAUGGUUGUCAAUCCCAAUACAAUUCUAGCAAUGAACACAGCUUGAACGUUUGAGCGUAAAUUCGUAAAUUUCCGAUUUAGAGCAAUCUCGAAUUCAGGUUCGCAUUCCCGGCUUUUUUCCGCUUUAAUUUGUAGCCACUCUGCAGGAGGUGACAAAGUUCACCAGUCUUAGUUGCACCCUCUAAAUGCGCGUAAAAUUCCUCUUCGUUAUCAUCGCGACUUUCGAGGUGAGAGUUGUAGCACGUUGCUUAUGCUUAUGUUGAAGAACAGGCCCUUGAAGAGUAUAGAGCCUCACACAAACAGCGAGGACGAUGAUGGGUCGCCUCUAACAUGGAGUUCAGACACCGUUUUGAGCCGCUCAUACCGCCGCUCUUGACACUUACUAGUUCGAAAAAAAAUGAAUUUUUGUCAAGAAGAGUUUGCAUAGAAUUGCUUCUGUACAAAUAAAGCAAACAGUUUAUUUUCACCCAGAAACCUUGGAAGCAUUGUUCGAAUUUACUUUACUCUCGAAUCGAUUAAGUCGAUUUAAUCGUUUUUAAGAAUGCUAUCUUCAUUGAAAGAACGACGCGCUGCAUCCAUUAAUGAGAAAUAACAUUGCUGCGAAAUUGUGCAAAGUUCCCAAACUUUAUCCGCUGGUACUUUUGCAUGAAAUCUCGCGUAACUUUUUAAACGGACCUCAGUAACAAUGAGAGAUUCUCUUCGUGCCUCUUCUCUUUCACCUCCCACGGUAAUGCAGAUGCACUUUAAAACACCAGCUUUGCAUGAAUCGGUUGCUAGCGUCAUUAUCUAGCUAAACGUGAGGAUUUUUUUUUGUUGGAAUGCAUUCAUGUCGCCGUAAUAUCAGAAGAGAGGGACGCCAAAGAGAGUCUCUCAGUGUUACUUAGGUCCUUUUGAAAAGUUACGCGAAAAAUGCUGUUUAGAAGAGGUGAAAAGACCUAGUUCGUGCCGAACCAAACCGGAUGAACUUACACAUUAAAUAAAUUUGCAAUUUCCCCAGAUGUUAUGUUCAGACGAACCCUUAAAAGUUGUGCCUCCUUACAAUACAGUAAUAUACAUAUACAAACUGAUCAAAACACUCUAACACUCAUACAUUUUAGAAAAUCCUAACUUUUUUCGAUUUCCAGUUAGUUUGAUUUGGCGUAAAGUCAGUAUAAUUUGCCGUCACAGUUGUUCCGAAGCAACAAAAAUGGCAUUAUUUUUGUUCAUUUUGUCGAUAGGAUUAUUAGUAGAAAAUAAAGGCAAAGUUUCCCUUCAUACUUGCUCCAAAUUGUAAGAGGUUUACCAAUUCUGAGUGACAAACUACUGUUGAGAAACGAGAUUUUUUAAACAUUCUUCUCUAGCUAGCUUAUUUUUUCAUGUGCAACCAUUAAUUACUUUUGAGGAAACAAACAAACUGCGAACAGCAGAAACAACCGCAGUUGAUGGAGUUUGGACUGUUUACAUUUUUGUUCCAUAAUUCGUUUGGAUCUAUUAUAGUUAUAUAAUUUAGCUGCAAAAGUAAAUUUCUAAGUUGGCGAAUCAAUCAAUAGAUAGGAUGAGGAAGCGGCUAGCAAAAACAAAAAAUAAUGCAAACUAAUUUUGAUUUAUCUUUUCUUUAAAAUAUUGCUAUUAUUAUUAUGUUUAUUACUAAUAAUAUAUUUUCUAUUUGUUGGAAUGUU